AUGUAUUCUAACAGUUUCUUAUCUUGUUGCAGAUACACCUUGAACUCCUGGAAGUCGUAUGCUGACGUACAGGCAACCUACGUAGCGAACUCCUGCGACGGGUUCUCAGAUAAAUUCUCAUUUGUGAUCUACGCACACUCGCUGUCUGUAGGGCAAAGGUUGGAGCUGGCAUGUCGGUUCCAGUGUAAAGGGUGCCAGUAUUGGGACAAUAACAACGGCAGAAAUACUGCUUUCAGUGCCUACCUGUCAUCAACCAUACCUCCACGACACCUAUCACGACUGGUCUGGACUGGGGCAAUACAGCCAGCUUUUACUAGGAUAGUACUUUUGGAGGACCCCUCGUAUACGUGCAUGGUUGCCAAAUAUCAAAUUUGACCUUCACGAUAUUUGGCGAAGGUUGCGCAUGCCUGCCGACCGUAGAAAGCUUCUAACCUAGGUGUGUGUCUAGCCAAGAUGGCGGCGAUGAAACUCUUACCGACAAAACGCACCUUCAAAUCACAACUCCAGAUAUCCAGGACUACAUUUUGAGUUGUCUGCCUGUCCAGGAAGUUAACGCCAAGCAAUAUAGCAAGAAGACGGACCUCGUUGGUGUUUUGUUUAUUUUAUUACUCUCUAUUUUGUUUUUGUAUGUACAGAAGUCAAUAUAUUUUACGAAGUAGUAUUUUUAUAAAGAAAAUGAAUUGGUGACUAUAAUUGACAUGUCACUCGUAAGUUUUCGCAAAACGUGUGGAUGCUGUUAUCGAUUGCAGUCAAGUUCCGAAAUGGUUGUAGGAUAAUUUGUAAUGAUAGUAUCCAAAUACGGCGUUCCAUCCUUCCAUCUAAUAUAUAAAAAAUAAUGUUUUAUUUACCCUCAAUAAAUCUGUGCUUCAAAAGCAGUGCAUAGUAUAUAAGAGUUCAUGCACAGAGCAGGUAGUUGAACUAUAGGUGACUGUCAGCUGUCGCAAAUCCUUUAAUUUCAGUCCGAAGAUACUUGUUGAUCACAGGCUGCAAAAUAAAGAAAAUUGGUGAGUGCUGUUGUCCCAUAAUAUGGUUUCAAUUUUUUCCGCUAAGCACGAAUCUGAAUUCAUACUUGGAGUUAGAUAGAGAAAUAUGAAUCGAAUCCCAGUUCUGACUUUAGAGUCGUAUUCAGCAAGAAAAAGUAGAUGGGACUAUAUAGCGGGACCUCCAGCACAUACCACUUUUGUAUUUUGUGGAGCUGAGGUAGAGUGUAUUGUUGUCAGCAUCAAGUUGAAACUGAAAUGCUUUUAAAGUAUGUAUGUGUGUGGUGCCGUGGCUAUCACAAUGCAGGCAGCAAUGUACUUUACUAUUAUUAAUAUGUAUUUAUUGGUGGAUUACUUGUAACUGAAAUAAAGUGAGGGUAGUACUAGUAAACAUCCUUCUUUGCUAACUAGUCAAGGUCACCUGACGUAACUCAGGUCAUAGCAAAUUUUAAUAGGGGUGGAUGUCGUUAUGGGUCAUUCAAAGUUUCAUUAAUAUGGUACUUUAGUUUCGAAUUGGUUACCCAUUUCACAUAUGUCUACAUUUACACCUAGUUUGACUGAGCUAUGAAUCAACGUUCUAACCUUCCCCAAACUCGAUUGAGCUAUUUUGCGCUGAAUCACUUAAUCUGGGAGUCUAUUCUUCGAAACGGGGUAUGAGAAUAACCAAUGGAAAAUCUAGCAACCUUUCCGACAGCGUUGGAGGUGUUAUUGUUUCUUAGAUAAGUUUGUGAAUGCACUCAUUUUUUGCAAAAAAAUAUUUCCAGGUUUUUCAAAUCACCAUGUGUUGCCUCGCAUAGUCAAAUUCGCUCUAUUUGAGACUCCAGCACGUUUUUUUUGCUCAUUUGGAAGCUCUCCUUCAAGUCAGACUUUGGGCAAAUGCCCCUUGUGCCUAAACAUCUAAGGCACCUGUAUAUUGUACCUGGUUUACUAAUUUUAAUACGAUUGUUUCAACAUAUAUUUGACAAUAAUUGCCAAAAUUUACGAGUGAUGUGUCUGGUCUAUGCAGCAAUUUAUUAUAUUUGUAUGUUUUUAUAGAACGUGAUAUAUUAUCUAAUUGUUAUUACAAAACAAAACUCAGAAUGGAUUUUAUCUAUAUUUGUAAUUAUUGUAUACAUUUUUCGUAGCUGUACAGAAAUUAUAUUGAAAUAAAGUGCGAU